GCUACAGUUCUCAUUUCACCAGUUCAUGCUAUAUAUCCAACAGCUGCACAGCUUGGGCUAUUCCACUGUUGCAUUCUCUAGUGUUUAUGAACUUUUCACUGUUGCUUUUAGGGGUUGGUUUUGUUCUCCACAAACUUCUCCUUUCAGAAGAAAACCAGCCACCUGUGGCCUUCUGAUUUUUAAGGAACAAAUACACAUGCCCUUUUAAGUUCAGAGAGAGAGAGAGAUAGAGAGAUUCUUUCCAAUCCGCCUCUUCAUUUCUCUUCAAGUUUUGGUUGCAGGAGGUUUAUAACUGGUGAGACAAUAUGGAUGAGAAGACUGAUGUUGAUUACACUGAUGUACUGUUGCCAGGUUUUCGGUUUCAUCCGACAGAUGAGGAGCUUGUGGGGUUCUACCUGAGGAGGAAGGUUCAGCAACGGCCUCUCCUUAUUGAGCUGAUUAAGCAAGUUGAUAUCUAUAAAUAUGAUCCCUGGGAUCUUCCAAAAGAGCUGGCGACUACGGGGGAAAAAGAGUGGUAUUUCUACUGCCAGAGGGACCGAAAAUACAGAAACAGUGCACGGCCAAACCGAGUCACAAGAGCUGGGUUUUGGAAGGCCACUGGUACUGACAGACCUAUCUACUCCUCUGAAGGUGCUAAGUGCAUCGGCCUGAAGAAGUCCCUUGUGUUCUACAGAGGCAGGGCUGCCAAAGGGAUCAAAACUGAUUGGAUGAUGCAUGAGUUCCGACUUCCCUCUCCAUCAGACACAGUACCACCGAAGAAGCUCUUUGAUAAAAACCUUCCAGCAAAUGAUUCGUGGGCAAUUUGUAGAAUAUUCAAAAAAACCACCCCUGUGGCACAGAGAGCUCUUUCUCACUCUUGGGUGUCUCCAUCAACUUCAACCAUGGAAUGUGAUAUCUUCUCUCAGGAUGCACUCUCUACCCAGUUCAGUCCAGAGAACAUAUCCUGCACAACUGAUCAGUACAGAUCACCUAUCCAGCUAGGCUGCAGUAAUGACUUACAACAGGCCUCCUCUGCUCUGGACUUUUCCUCCUACAGACCCAUUAAUCCAACAGCAAGCAGCAAGCCAUCCCAACUUUCUAUCAGUCCAAAUGAGGACCUUCCCAGCAACAGCUUUGUGUUUUCACCACUCGAAAUGUCAGGACCUGCCAAGUGCUCGGUCGACUUUGCUUCCAUGCUUCUGAAUGUAUCUCCUGCGUUCGCUGGGGAGACCAGUAAUAAGCCCUCUGAGAGCAUCGACUCCGAAGGGCCACAACAGCAGUUCAGUGGCUUCUCAAUCAGUUUACCACAGGAGAUGCAAAGAGGCAUAGAAAAUGAUCAAGCGCCGAGGCAAUAUGCAAGCGUAAACCCUACCAGUGGCCACUGGGGAAGUGUCCAGUCAAUUGGAUUACACUUUGGUUUGCCUUCAAAUAUAUCUGAUGCAUGGAGACCUAAUCUGCCAUGGGAUUCUAAUUCUCCACCCUGUCCCAGCGAGAUGUUCACUAGUUAUUCCACAAACAAAGGAUAUACUUGAUCAUGGGAAUGAGAUGAAGGGAAGGUAGUUUCUUUGUAGCUAUAGCUAACUAGUUAGAGCUCCCGUCAGAAACAUAUUAUGUUUCACUGUCUCAUUGUUACAGUUUUCCUGUCCACAUGCAUUACAGUCUGAUACCUUCUUUGAUUAUUUAAUAAUUUCAUUUGUUUUCUG